AUGUUACUAGUAGCCAGUCAACCAACAAUGAGUGAGGUAGUCGACGUUCCGGAUGAUUCACCACCAAGAUCUCCCGAUGUCGAGUGCCCAUUUAGUGAGGAAGGUUCCUCCGAGAAAAAUAUGGAGCCAAGAAAGAGAAGCGCUGACUCGAUCGAUCAGGCUGAACAGGCUGAAGACGAUGAUGUAGUCAUUGUAGAGAAGAAAGCCAAGAUGAAUGAAACCGAAGUUGACUUGUCCGGAGAAGAAGGAGAAGGAGAGGAAGAAGAAACCACUGACAACGGAAAUCCAAUCAUCGUCGAGGAACCAGUCGAGCCAGAGUCAACUGAACAAGAAGCUCAAGAUGAGCAAUCUGCUGAGGAGCCAAAAGAGCAAGAAGGAGGAGAGGAAGGAGAGGAAGAUGACGAGGAAGAAGAGGAGAAUGGAGCUGAAGAAGAACAAGAAGAUGAGGAAUAA